GUGAGCGAGUGGGUGAGCAGCUAAUCUAAGAAUCAUUGUGCCCAGUCCUCUGACACAGACUGACAGGGAGAGAACCUACAGACAGCAACUGCUCCAAGGACACAAUGUUACCCCAAGCUCUGUAUGUGGGGGUGAUCCUACUGCAGCUCUUAGGGACACUACAGGCAGAACUACACUAUGCCGUGAUAUUUCCCUCUCAAAUUCGCUUCCCUGGACCUGAGCUGGCGUGUUUACACCUGGAGGGAGCGAAGGAAGCGGGAACAAUACAAGUCACCCUCCAAAAUAAGAAUAGGAACACGACUCUCAUAGAGAGAAGCUUCCAGCAGGAGCCGCUCUUUAACUGUGAAUCGUUUCAGGUACCUCGUUCACAACCUUUUUCUCGCUGGUGAUGUUGGUGGUUACCAUUAUUUGAUUGAAGAGCAUCAAUCCCACAGUUGUGCUUCUGGGGAAUAUCCUUCUGUGAAUGGCUUUUCAGCAGAUUUGGAUUUCUUUAGACCUUGGCAGAUGCCCUCAGCACAACAGGAUGACGUGUACAGCUUGUUUAAGGGCACAAGAUUAAAAAUAAUCACAAGCUCUGGCAUAAUGAAGCCAUUAAAGUGUGAGCCGGUCAUGUAUGAGGACCUGCUGUUUGAAUCUGAGCCACACGUAGCCCAGGCAGGUGUUCCUGGUCCAGCUCCUGAUGCUGUGCCUAAUCUAAUCCCACAAUCAGUUCCAGAGAAGGAAAAGCAGCGAGUGUACUUUCCUGAGACUUGGAUCUGGGAGCUGACGCCCAUAAGUGCAUCAGGCCGCGCAGACCUUCCGGUCACUGUACCAGACACGAUCACAGACUGGAAUGGAGGAGCUUUCUGCAUGGGGGACAGUGGUUUUGGCAUGUCCUCCCCGGCCUCCCUACGCACCUUCCAGCCAUUCUUUGUGGAGCUUGCACUGCCAUAUUCUGUGGUCCGAGGAGAGACAUUCACCCUUAAAGCCUCUGUCUUCAACUACCUGAAGCAAUGUAUCAUGGUCCAAACGACUCUGCUGCCAUCGCUGGAGUUACAGGAGGAGCCGUGUGCUACGUGUCAGUACCGCAGCUGUCUAUGUGCCGAUGAGAGCAAAACCUUUUACUGGAACCUAACAGCCACCAACCUGGGAGAGGUGAAUAUUACAGUGCGGACAGAGGCUCUGGACUCACAAGACUUGUGCCAUAAUGAGGUCCCUGUUGUACCCAAGCAGGGAAGUGUUGAUACAGUGAUAAAACCACUGCUUGUGCAGCCUGGGGGUGUCCUAGAGGAGAAAGCUCUCAGUUCCCUGCUCUGUAUCCAAGCAGGAGAAGAUCAUUCUAAGCCAGAGGAGAUUUCCUUGAAGGUCCCGGAGAACAUUUUGAAGGAUUCAGAGAGAGCUCACAUAACAGUGCUGGGAGACCUGAUGGGAUCGGCCAUGCAGAACCUAGACCGUCUCCUGGCCAUGCCAUAUGGCUGUGGGGAGCAGAACAUGGUGCUGUUUGCCCCUAAUAUCUUCAUCAUGCAGUAUCUGGAGAAGACGAGUCAGCUAAACAGUGAGAUCCAGGCCAAAGCCACCAGGUUCCUAGAGAGCGGGUAUCAGAGGCAGCUGACAUACAAACGUGAUGACUACUCAUACAGCGCAUUUGGGAACAGCGACCAAGAGGGGAACACCUGGUUAAGUGCUUUUGUACUGAAGUCGUUUAGCAAAGCCCGACCCUACAUCUUUAUUGAUGAGACUCACCUGAACCAAACCUACAGUUGGCUGCAUAAAAAUAGCCAGGAAAAUGGCUGCUUUAGGAGUGUAGGACGACUCUUCAACAACGCUAUGAAGGGAGGAGUGGACGAUGAGGUGUCUCUCUCUGCGUAUGUGACUAUAGCUCUGAUAGAGUCCGGUGUAUCCCUGGAGGAUCCGGUGGUACAGAAGGCUGUGUCCUGCCUGAGGAAGGCUGCUCUGGGAGUGAACAACGUGUACACACAAGCGCUGCUGACUUACACCUUCACUCUGUGCGGGGAGACAGAUCUCAGACAGGCACUGCUAGACAAGCUGCAGGAGAAGGCAGUGCGAAGGGAUGGGCAGCUGCACUGGGAGCGAGAGUCAUCUAGCCAGAAAUCUGAUGUUCCCUACUGGUACCGGGCACCCUCUGCCGAGGUAGAAUUAACCUCAUACAUGCUGCUGGCUCUGCUCUCUGGAUCCACUAAGGACAUUGGCACAUCAUCUGAAAUUGUGAACUGGCUAAGCAAGCAGCAGAACCCAUAUGGGGGCUUCUCAUCCACACAGGACACGGUUGUGGCGCUACAGGCUCUGGCUAAAUAUGCAGAGGUCACAUUCAGUGACAAGGGGAAUGUUAAGGUCACGGUCCAGUCCAAAUCUGGUUUCCAGGAGCAGUUCCAUGUGGAUAAAACUAAUCGGCUGCUACUUCAGAGAACAAAUCUGCCUGAUAUCCCAGGAGACUACACAGUUAACGCUGAGGGGAGCGGCUGUGUUUAUGUACAGGCAGUCUUGAGAUACAAUGUUCCUCCCCCUCGUAGUGAUGCAACAUUUGAAGUUAAUGUGGAGACAGAUCCCAAGGAGUGUCCUGCAAUCCCCCCCACACAACUACAGAUCCGAGUGUCUGCAAAAUACACAGGCUCCCGGGAGAGGUCUAACAUGGCUCUUAUUGAGAUUAAGAUGCUGUCUGGCUUUAUCCCAGUGAAGAGCUCUGUGAGGGAGCUGGAGAAGGCCAAGCUGGUACAGAGGAGUGAAAUCCAGACAGACAUUGUGACCCUGUACCUGAAUGAGCUGGGACAUGUUUUCUCUGAGUUCAAUAUCACAGUGGAACAAGAAUCUCUAGUGAAGAACCUAAAAGCAGCCACCGUGAAAGUGUACGAUUAUUAUGAGACCGGUGAAUUUGCAAUUGCAGAAUACAACUCUCCCUGCCACUCUGAUGGUGAGAAGAAUUCCUGAGGAUGAGAUCACAUCCCUGUUAUGUCUUGUGACAUCAUGUGCAAUAUGUCACCACAGACGCAAUAAAACACCGCUUGCUCUCUAAA